UGCUCUGUUGGAAUAUUCAUUUGGAGUCGCUGAGUCUCUGAUACGGUGUGCCCCCCAAGUUGCAUUCGUGAGCACACUGGGGAAUUGUAUGGAAAACGAGGGAGUUGUCCCUCUCAAUACCAAAACAUUCGAUCCGAAAAUGGCACAUAGUAUUGAUAUUUAUUAUUUUACUAUGAGCCCACCGUCCCGAUCUGUGUUGAUGCUGAUGAGAACUUUGGGCGUCAAACACAACAUAAAAAUUGUCAAUGUACUUAACGGAGAACAAAUGAAACCCGAGUUUCUUAAGAUAAAUCCUUUACAUACUAUCCCCACAAUCAACGACAAUGGCUUUAUUUUAUCUGAAAGUAUUGCAAUAUUGAAAUAUUUAGUAGAUCAAUACGGAAAAGAUGACAGUUUGUAUCCAAGAGACAGCAAAAGAGGAGCAAUCGUUACUCAAAGGUUAAGCUUCGCAAAUACUACACUAUUUCCCAGAUUUAUAUCGACACACAUAGUACUUUUAUUUGGUGGAUCAGUAUCAGACGACGACAAGAAAAAAUUUAAUGACGCUUUGGAAUACCUUGACAAUAUUCUCAGCGAUUCUAAAUGGAUGGCAGGUGAGAAUAUGACGGUAGCUGACUUUGCUAUGAUAGGAAUUUUGUCUAACGUUGAGGCUGCUGGUGUAUACGACUUGACCUCGUUUAACGAUUUGUGGCAGUGGUACGAAAAAAUGAAAACAUCCUUGUCGAGUUAUGGAUACGAGGAUAUCAUGCAAGCUGGAGCCGAUGCUUUUGGUCACAUGAUAAAAAACAAAAUAAAUUCUUAGAUAUGUUUAGCUUUUCUGCAUUUCUAUAUUUCUAUCCAUCUAUUCACAAAUAUUUAUUAAAAAUAAAACGGGAUAAUACCCGAAGGUUGGCUGUAUACCAUCUAGUUAAAUAAAAUUAACAUGAAGUAAAACUCCCUAGUGUAGUUGGUAUAUUUAAUAAAAAUUCUAAAAAUUUUUAAAAAUCCAAACGGAUUACGUUCAAAACGUUUUCGGACUUAUCAGUCCAUCAUCAGUGAACCUAAAAGUAAGUAAUCUCACUUACUAAAAUUGAAAAAGGGUGAAAUUUUGAAUGUUAAAAAAUUGAAAAGUGUGGUUACGAUUACUUAAUCUCUGUCCUUGCCAAAUAGCCACAAUGCCAAACACUGGUCAAGAUGUAUGUUCUAACUACAUGGUGAAAUUUGUUAAACAAUUUGGCUUACAUUGGAUGCCAACGUAAUAAUUUUUAUUCUUCAUAAUAAAAAAAUCUCUUAAUUAAUGGAGUAGAGAAUCAUGUACCUAGUACUAUUCCGUUGGCAUCCAAUGUAAGCCAAAUUGUUUACCAAAUUUCACCAUGUAGUUAGAACAUACAUCUUGACCAGUGUUUGGCAUUGUGGCUAUUUAGCAAGGACAGAGAAUAAGUAAUCGUAACCACACUUUUCAAUUUUUUAACAUUCAAAAUUUCACCCUUUUUUAAUUUUACUAAGUGAGAUUACUUACUUUUAGGUUCACUGAUGAUGGACUGAUAAGUCCGAAAACGUUUUGAACGUAAUCCGUUUGGAUUUUUAAAAAUUUUUAGAAUUUUUAUUAAAUAUACCAACUACACUAGGGAGUUUUACUUCAUGUUAAUUUUAUUUAAAUAUUUAUUAUUUUAACAGAUUUCAACGAUCAUUAUAAACUAAAAGGAUUGUAAUAUUGUUAAUAAAAUAUUAAAACUA